UGCUUCGAUCCGAGAUGUCUCUUCGUGUGUUAUUAGUUUUGAUUUUUGCAAAAAUAGCCACAUCCGCUCACUAUGGAAAAUAUACAGAAAAAAUCUAUCUGAGGCCGUUGCUUGACCGGCUAGGAUGCCGAACAAACUCGACAGUGCCACCCAGCCGAGAGGUUACCGUGGAGAAACUCGCAAAAUUGCGUCAUGAAAUGACCGAGAAUAAAAUCGACGCGUACAUAGUACCUUAUGCCGAUGAUCAUCAGAAUGAAUUUGUGGCUUUGGCUGACCGUCGGCUUCAGUACAUUAGCGGAUUCUCUGGAAGCGCCGGCAAAGCGAUCAUAACCGCCGACAAAGCUGCCCUUCAGACGGACGUGCGCUACUUCGAACAGGCUGACCAACAGUUGGACUGUCAAUGGACACUCAUUACCGAACAGGGUUGGAUGGCCAUUGCAAAGUGGCUAUUGGAAGAGCUGGGGGAAGGUACAACUGUUGGUGCGGAUCCAGCAAAGAUUCCGGCACUGUCUUGGAUUCAAAUGGGAAAAUUUUUUGCGCAAAAUAAGAUGACCCUGAAGGUCAUGACCUACAAUUUUGUUGACAAAAUUUGGACACAUCGGCCAUUUUACUCGAACUCUUUGGUCGGUUUCCAUCCAGUUCAAUACGCUGGAGAACGAUGGCAAAGUAAAGUGCGGCGUUUGCGAGAUUGGAUGAAAAACGAGUCGUUGGACUUGCACGUGGUGACAGCCUUGGAUGACAUCGCCUGGCUUCUGAAUUUAAGGGGUCGCGACCUGCCGACCACCCCCGUUUUCCACUCUUACGUCGUCAUCGACUUAUACUCAGCCUACAUGUAUUUGCCGAGGCCUAAAAUCACACCCAUUCUUAAGAGCUAUCUCUUCGAUCCACCGGAACAAGUCAAUAUCAAACCGUUCGAAGAAUUUUGGCCUGACCUGGCGAAUUUUGGCAAGAAUGCUGUGAAUGUAUCUCUUCCAGACGAUUCCAGUUUUCUCAUUGCUGCCUGGAUACCACCCAACAAACGGCGUUUCUCAUUAUCCCCGAUUGUGAACAUGAAAGCUUACAAGAAUUCUGUGGAAGCCGAGGGCAUGAAAAACGCACACAUAUAUGAUGGCGUGGCUCUGUGUCAGUGUUUAAGUUUGAUUGAACGAGGGGUUGCAGCAGGAGAAUAUUGGGAUGAACUGAAAGUGGCGGCCACUUUGGAGGUCCUACGGAACGAGCAGCCUCUAGCCCAAGGGAUCAGUUUUGAUAGUAUCGUUGCGUUCGGCGAACAUUCAUCCAUGGCCCACUUUAUGCCGUCCUUGAAAACGAACAAACAAAUUGAUAACUCUUCCCUCCUCAUGAUCGACUCUGGAGGCCAAUACUUAGACGGGACGACGGAUGUCACGAGAACGAUUCACUUGGGAACGCCGACGAGCGAGCAACGUGCCGUCUACACGGCCCUCCUGAAGGGCUGCAUCAACUUGGCCACCACAAAGUUCGCCCGCGGGAUGAGGAUCUGGGACCUGGAGAUCAUCGUCAAAGCACCCUUGCAUGAACUCGGACUGGAUUACAGCCACGGUACCACACACGGUAUCGGCAGCUUCUUGAACGUCCACGAAAGGUUCAACUGGACGUUCCACCCAAACUUUUUCGGAACUGUUGAACCUGGUUACUAUGAAAUCGGUCAGUGGGGCAUGAGACUUGAAAAUGUUGUGCAAGUGGUUCCUGCUGAAGUCACGUUCAAAGGCAAAAAUAAUGAAGUUCUUGCAUUUGAAACAGUGACCCUCGCCCCUUACGACAGGAAAUUGAUUGAUCUCAAAAUGCUGGAUGAUAAGCAUAUUCGAUGGUUGAAUGAAUAUCAUAAAAAAGUAAGAAAACUAGUUGGAGCAAAAUUGAUAGAAAGUGGAAGGAAAACUGCUUACAAAUGGCUAAUACAAGCAACUGAGCCCAUCUACACAGAUAUAUUGGCUUAACAAGUACCAUGAUAAAGUCAGAAAUACCGUGGGCAAAAUCAUCAGUAAAAUUGGACGCCGAGUUGAUUACGAGUGGUUAAUGGAAGCGACAAAACCAAUUCCAUACCGCACAAAAAUUGUAACUCUCAAUUUGCAUGAUUGAAGCAGGAAAUUUGGAAAGAACAUUGAAGAGAAGUGUUAGAAUCACACUAUAAUUACCGUUGAGUAACAGGCUAAUACUACAACCCUAUGAAAGUCAGUCCGAGGCCUUUUGGAAGAAGUACAAAAAUAUGGCUUCGUGAAUGAUACCAGUGAUGAAAAUUCACAAGGAAGAACCAAAAGAACACUUCUUUGUUUUGAGCAACCCCUCAGCCCUCCCCCGUUUCAGAUUUGAAAUUCUAAAAUUACAACUCUUUGUACGGAAAAGAUAUUACAAGAAAUAAAAGAAUGUUGAGAUGUG